GAUUAAAUGUAAAACCCCAAUGAAAUGUGUUUGUUCUGCAUAGAACGUGUUCUACUUUCGCUGUUAGGGGUAACAAGAUUGCCGUGAUUGACUAUGUGAUGCUUGUUGAGCGGUUGUGAGUUUUUCCCAGCAUGUUGGCUCAGCUUUUUUUUCUUUAAAGAAAAAAAUGUUUAAUGUACACAUGAAAUGUAAAUGAAACGUUCAAGACUUCAACUUUUUCUGGAAAAAAAAAAGAUAUUCUUUUGUUGCACUGCAGACUUGGAAACUUAAAAAAGCAGUUUUUACUGACAGGAAUUUUGUGGCCACUUUCUGCAGAAAAAGUAUUAUCAUUACAAUUUUUUCUUGAGGCAUUUUGCCUCAGAAAUGUAUUAGUCACUCUUGUAUCUCCACCAUGCAAUGCACGAGGUUUCUGUCACCAGAUAAACAGGAGGUUAAAAUGGACGUUGGGAACCUCAUUGAACGAGAUUUGGAAGCCACUUUGAUGCCUUUAACAGUGACCAGUGACUGGCUGGAAGACGACAACGAGACAAUCAGGAAUCAGUUUCAGCAACCUGACUGGCAGGUGGCUCUCUGGGCUGUAGCCUACUCCCUCAUCAUAAUAGUAUCCAUCACUGGGAAUGUCACAGUGAUCUGGAUUAUCCUGGCUCACAGGCGAAUGAGGACGGUUACUAAUUACUUCAUUGUCAAUCUGGCCUUCUCUGAUGUUUCCAUGGCAACUUUUAACACUCUUUUCAACUUUGUCUACGCACUCCACAACGACUGGUACUUUGGGCUGGGUUACUGCAGAUUUCAGAACUUCUUCCCCAUCACUGCCAUGUUUUCAUCCAUUUACUCCAUGGCUGCCAUUUCAGUGGACAGAUACAUGGCCAUUAUACACCCCCUGAAGCCGCGGCUCUCCUCCACCUCCACAAAGGUGGUGAUUGCCCUGAUUUGGGUUUUUGCAUUCUCGCUGGCGUUCCCGCAGUGUUACUACAGCGUCACCAGAUUUUACUACCCCAGAACGGUCUGCAUGGUGGAUUGGCCUGAUGAUUAUGGAGGCACACAUCAACUGAGUUAUCAGUUUGCAGUGAUAUUGCUGGUCUACUUGUUCCCUCUGCUGGUGAUGCUGGUGACCUACAGUUUAGUCGGUCGAUCCUUGUGGGGAGGCCAUAUCCCCGGAGAGGCUACAGACCAUUAUCACAGCCAGAUAACAUCCAAACGAAAGGUGGUGAAGAUGAUGGUUGUUGUGGUGGUGACUUUUGCUCUUUGCUGGCUGCCCUACCAUGUCUACUUCAUUCUGGGAACAUUUAACAUCGACAUAUAUAAGCAACAUUACAUUCAACAGGUGUACUUGGCCAUAUUCUGGUUGGCCAUGAGUUCGACUAUGUACAAUCCAAUAAUUUACUGCUGUUUGAACCAAAGAUUUCGUGCUGGUUUCCGCCAUGCAUUUGCUUGGUGUCCCUUCAUCAAAGUGUCAGAGGAGGACAAAAUGGAGCUGCAGCACACCAACACCUUCAGAGUCACCAUGACACGCAGUCAUCGCAGCGACACCCACCCGCGUGCGUCCAUCAAAACAAACAACAUUGAGAAGGACUCUGGUUUACAGCGAAACAAGCAAAAAUGCAGCACACAGGACGCACAACUAGUAAAGAAGCUGAGUGACAAAAGACCCGCACAUGACAAACUGGCGGAGCACAGGCUCUGACCGCAGAGCUGCAGCGUGAUGACGGCACGAGAGGGCGGAGAACUCGGAUGGUCACCUCAGAAGAAAGCCCUGCAGACUGAAGGAAGCAGCCGGUUUCAGAAAUGUCGUAUUGUUUACAAAAAAGAAAAAUAGGAUGAAUGUGUAUGAAGCACAUUUUAUAUUUCAAUUUGAAAAAAAAACUGUACAUACUUGAAAUAUUUGUUGUGUUAUAGUGCAAAAGGUAUCUCCCUCAUUUUUAUUUUACUCCAAACAUUUGGUGUUUGGGAAAGAGACAUUUCAUUUCUGUAACUAAAGCAGGCAAUAGUCUGGAGAAAACCAGUCGACUGGCAUCAGCAAAAAGCCUUAACAUUGUUUUAAUGUUGUAGUUUCUCUGUUAAUUAUGGGAUGUCUUUUAAAUAUAAUUUCCUGUGUGGUUUUGUCAAUAAUCCUUUUUUAGCACAAAGAAAAGGCUUCAGGGCUCACUAGAAACAUGCAGCUAUCCAAGAUUAAUAAACAAAGCGCAGCUUCCCUGAAGAAUUUUGUGUAGAAAACAGGAUCCUUAAUAACAGUAAUAAAGUAUUAAUAAUACUUAAUUAUUAAUACUCAUUAGGGCUGCACGAUAUGAGGAAAACUUGCGAUAUGCGAUAUUAGAGAUUAAUAUUGCGAUAACGAUAUAAUUUGCGGUAUAUAAAAAAAUAGAAAAAUGCCAAAAACAUCAUUCCCAUUUCAUUGCAACAGUUUAAAAUUAUACUCCAAAUGACCCUCAUCGACUUAGGAGGAGAACAUCUAACAUAAUAGGCCUCCAUCUGAUUGGUAAACAAUAGGAAGGCAUACAUCUGAUUGGUCAAAGCAUAAAGGGAUUUAUUUGAUUCGUUAAAUGCGUCAAGCUGCCAUAAGAUUGUUUAAACACAUUUUGGGUUUACGAUUUAUUGCGAUAUUCGCAGUCUUUUGCGAUAUGCAUAUUGCAGAGCUGGAUUUUGCGAUAACGAUAAAUUUGCGGUAUAUUGUGCAGACCUAAUACUCAUACUGGAAAAAUGUUUAAAUAACUUAAACGAAAGAAGCUAGUGGAUAUUUUAAAAACAAUGCUGAAAAUCCCACAAACUGCUCUCAUGCAAUUCUGAUGUGGCUUUUGAUCAUCGUUUAAAUACAUAUUAAUAUACCAAGUGACCAUUGUUUACAAUGUAGUCUGUGAGCAUUUAUAAUGUGUAUUUUUUUAAAUGUAAUGUUUGCACAAGGCCAAGUAUGUAUUCCUUGUCUGUGCAUAACAGUGGGGUCUCCUUUGUUUGCAACCUUUGUGAAAAUGAUCAUAAUCAUGGUGGUAAUAAAGUUUUCUUGCAUUUCUGU